AUGCCGCCCAGAUAUAGACACUUUUGCGGUGUGCUUCGACUCUACGACACAUCGAUCGACGGACGCCUCUUCUCUGGUGUAUGGGCAAAAAGUGAAAUCACCGAUUACGUAAGCAAGAAGAAAAAAUGGUCCUCGGCCUGGCCCCAUUCGUGGGGAACCACAAUUGAUCUUAGCACAAGCAAAUUGAACAAAUUUCAAAAGGAACGCUUGUUGUUUAUAGGGGGUAAUUUAAUUAUAGGUCUUUGA